UAAAAAUGGUGAAACGAAUGACUUUUUUUUUUUCAUUUAUCAAGAUUUUGUCGAAUUUUUAUUUUAAUCCGGGAUCGGAUACACGGGCUCACUUUCGUUAUUCGCGUCCCUCGGCUGACGGACGACCCUUGCGAAUUUCGUGCUUGAAAGUUCGCUGGGAGCUUUAAACUUUCCAAGGAACUUGACGACGUCUUACCCUCGUCAUGUGUCAUUAGAGAAUGAAAAUACGCCCUUUUCAAUGUCCUUGUAUGUUUUUCACGUGGGAGAUAUUUUUUUCCUUCUUUCUUCAAUGUCUCGCUUUUAUCCCCUGCAGUCUAGGACCUAUACUUGUUUCCGUAUAUUCAGGCGUUCUCGCAUUUUGGGCCGCACGGGGGAUCAUGCCUUUGGUCGCGCACGAGAGGGGCUUUUGGGACUGGUGGGUUCCAUGUGAUGUAAGUGAAAGCUGGAAAAAGCAAAUAGCAAGGCUUUCAUAGGGAAAGGAGCGAAGCCGGUUUUGUUAGAAUUUGGAAUUUUUCAAAAAUUCCACCCCUCCUUCGCUCUCGGUAAACUUCGUCGAACUUACGUCUCGACUUGGUUGAAAUUAAUUUUGUUCGCGCGGUAUAUCGGACUUUUAACUUCUUUUUUUUUUCCAGCAAUUUUCCUCGUUUCUCUCCCGUGUCUCGUGCGAUUUUAAUUUUUGUGAAAACGGUGUAAAAUGCCACUUCUAUUUUUAUGGGAAGAAACAGAGACGCUUACUUAAACUCCACGGACGUUGCUGGAGUUUAGAGAGGGUUGGUAAACUUGUACGACGGAAUAAGUUUUAGCAAAGGAAACUGUGAGCGAAGAUGAAAUGAAAUUUAUUUCGGUAUUCAGCGAGAUUACUAAUUUUCUCUUAUUUUUGAAGAAAUGCAAUCGAAUUAUACGUUCCGAAACAAGGUUUGCUAAAUUAAUUUUUUUUUUCUUAUUUCUCCCUUACGCCGGGAAAGCUCUCUCGAUUCGGGCCAAGAGCUCGAUGCUUCUUGGGGAGUGAGGAAACGUGUCGUUGACUAUGACCAAGGGGAAGAAAAAAGUUAGGUAAUAGCAAGAAAAGUAAAAAUAUAAAUGAGGAAAAGCUGAAAUAAGAAAUUGAAGAGAAAAGGUUUAUAAGAAAGGAACAAGUAGGAUAUAGGUAAGAAAAUUUCGCGAACGAAUGAAAAUUCUAUUAGGUAUACUAGAAUCGCGUUGACUUCGACACCUUUUUCUCUUUGAGUCACUCGAGCCCUCCCACCACCUUGACGCCCAAAAAAAUGUUUAGUGAUAUCAAACAAAAUUUCCAAAAAAUCGUUCACUACAUUUGUACGAGUAAAUAUUUAACAAUCACCUAAACGGACGCCAGGCGUCGCUCGCCGUCGGAUCAAAGUGCAAAUGUAAUAAUUAUUUAGCGAGGGCUCGUUUGUUCAAUGGUCACCGUAAAGGUAACUAAAGAAUAAAAUAUAAAAAGAAAAAGGUAAAUUCUACCUGCUCGAUUUCCGUGCAAUUUAACGUUAAGCAGGCGGCGGCUUAAGUGACGUUUGGCAGAACGGCAAAAAAAGAGGUUUGGUUUUCUUUAAGGGUUGUACCGUUAUAAUUGCGUAUUUGCCAGUUUGCGAAUGUGAAUUUUUUUUUCCUAAUUUCCACCUAGAACGAGUGACUAUUUAUAACAGGCUGUAAAAAGUACCGAGCAAAGACGAUAAGCUUUUUUCCCCCGUCACUCUCCCACUCAUGUAAAUUAUGGACAUGAAAUACGAAAUUUUCCAAGCGGUGGGGUAAAAGCUGAAAGUCGUUCUGGAGUGUAUUAUUCAGGGAAGGGAUGAGCAAUGUAUUGAAGGGUGUAAAUUGAGCGGAGUUUAUUUAUUCUACGGCAUAGAUAAAAACCAAGAGAAAAUUAGCCUGUUCGUGGGGGGAAAAAAAAAAACAAAAGAUCCAUUUAACUAUCUCUCUGAGCAUCGAAUGGGAGUUGGUCCUGGAAGAUUCUGAAUCGGGUUUGAAUAAAUAUUGAAAGAGGAUCGAAAGCAGAGUCACGAGUUUGAAGCAUGAGAAUUUCGGAAAUGCCACUUUCAUCAGGAAAAUUCACGGUAUCGUUAAGAAUCAAAGGGGUCAGGUUAGCCAACAGCCACAAAUGUGGCUUAUGCCAACGAACGUACUAAUUAAUCCUUUGGUAUAUUUUACGAAAAUUGCCAAGUACGUCAUUUCCAUUUGAAUAUCAGAAUACACAGUGAUACGGUAUUUCAUAAUAAUGAUCACGCCGUAUCAGAUUUUCAUCCGUAAGAAACGAAUGACACGUAUGCAGUGUGAAGAUAAACUUCUUUAACAGAGAAAUUCAUUUCUCAGACCCUAAUAAAGAAGAAUCCGUAAAAUCUUAACGACAGUUAAUGUCUACAAAAAUAAUGGACACUAAUGACAGUAAUGGUGAAAUUUUACCGGAAGUGUGUACAAGUACGAAAUUUCUCUUACGGCAUACACAUAUAUAUAUAUAUACAUAUAUACACUCGGUGCUCUCUCGUAAAAAGAAUUUCGGAAUGACGUGUCGAUCGUAAUCGACGAACCGUCUCGAUAUCUCGAAGGAGCAGGAAUAACAGGUGCAAGAGGUGCUGGCUGCCAUUUAAAGUGACGGCGAAGCACGUAGACAACCUAUCCUCGAGAGGCUAACGCCACGUGGUCGGGUCAAUGCUCGAGGAUGAGUAUAUCGAAAUUACGAAGAUGAUGACGUGGGGAUCCUUGAAGUCCAGGAGGUGAAGGGCCAUGGAGGGUAACGUGAGCUACGUCGAGAACAUCUCCACGGUGGUGGAUUCUGCUCUGGUGGAUGUCGCUGCCAUCUUGACAGCAGUUGUCCUGGGACUUCUGAUUCUCACCACCAUUAUAGGAAAUGUAUUCGUGAUAGCAGCUAUUCUCCUCGAGAGGAAUCUUCAAUCGGUGGCAAAUUAUUUGAUCGUCAGUCUGGCAGUUGCAGAUCUUAUGGUUGCCUGCCUGGUGAUGCCACUCGGUGCCGUUUACGAGAUUAACUCGAGAUGGUCCCUUGGGCCUGAACUCUGUGACAUGUGGACCAUCAGUGACGUACUUUGCUGCACGGCCUCUAUUCUACAUCUGGUGGCCAUUGCUGUCGACCGAUAUUGGGCUGUCACCGAUCUCAACUAUAUACAGGCGAGAAAUCCAAGGAGGAUCGGAAUCCUGGUGGUGGCUGUGUGGGUCGUAUCCUUGGGAGUCUCACUGGCGCCUCAAUUGGGUUGGAAGGAUCCUGAAUAUUUAGAUCGCAUUGCGAAUGGGACGUGUCUCUUGUCCCAAGAUCCUGCGUAUCAGAUUUUCGCUACUUGCGCAACAUUCUACGUACCUUUGUUGGUCAUCCUGUUUCUCUACUGGAGGAUAUUUCAAGCUGCCAGAAGGCGAAUAAGAAAACGACCCGGUGCGACACUUCAGCCACCGCGAGAGAGAAGAGGAAUUCUCAGGCUCGUUACAAGAAGGCCUAGAGAGGAGUCCACAGCAUUCACCAUAACCAAAUCAACGCCAGAUCAUUCCUCAGUUUCCCCAGAGAAGUCCUCGUCAUACAACGGUGCGAAUGCACCACAGGUGACAUCUUCGGCGGCGUCCGCACCUGCCACGGUAUCGUCCGUACCCGUUCAGUCUGGCUCGACAACGAAGAAAACACGCGAAACCAUCGAGGCGAAACGCGAGAGAAAAGCCGCGAAAACAUUGGCCAUUAUAACCGGAGCCUUUAUAGCCUGUUGGCUGCCAUUUUUCCUAGUCGCGCUCUUGCGGGCGGUCUGCGAACCUUGUGAGCCACCGGAGUUAGUCGCUAGUGUCUUCCUCUGGCUUGGAUAUUUCAACAGUACCUUGAACCCGGUGAUUUAUACGAUAUUUUCGCCGGAAUUUCGACAAGCUUUUAAAAGAAUGCUUUGCGGAGGUGCCAGAGCACCACGCUGACAAUGGGUCUAACCGUCUAGGGGUGAUAACAAUGUGACAGACACGGGACACUAAAGGAAUUCGCGAAUUGAUCGUGGAUCUCGUGGGACAUUAUUUUGACAAGGAACUGACGAGGGAUAAGGAUGGCUGUGAUAUAGGCGUGGGAGAAAGUGAAAGAGAGAGAGAGAGAGAGAGAGAGAGGAAAGAAUUUGUACAAUGUCGACGCGAAAAAUUGAAGAUUCCUUUAUGAGUACGUGCCAAGGAACGUUUUUCAAGGUCUGCGUUUCUUAUUUAAUAACGCCAGCAUGAUUCUCUUUCACGCGAAAAAGCUGGUUUCUGCGUUUUUACACGUCGGACGACACUUUUCAUGCUUUCAUAAAAGAUUCUCAAAUAAUUUCAAAGCGUCCAUGGUCCUUCUGUUUAGUCUCGAGUCGUCCUUGUCCCUUUGCUCCUUUCUUUUUGUUAUUUUUACGAUUUUCCAAAUAUCGUCAGAGUCCAAUUCGAUUUUUAUCGCAUGCCAAAUAGACUCCGCUAUACGUAUUAACCAGGAUUUCCGGAUUCGGCAAUCGUCAUGAAAUGGUAAGUCUUUUUUUCUUUUUUUUUCUUCUUUUUUUCUCUUUUCCCUUAUAUUUCCCAAGAGUCUCACGACAAUUCGCAGUUCCAAAUUAUUGCCACGCAUUGUUAAGGAACAAGGGAGGGCCUUUUGUUAGACACAAUAAUAUUUUCUAUAUGUUUCUCAGUACAUAGGAGCUUACAGAUACAAAAUCGAAAUACACGAUAUACGCGAUAUAAUAUACUGUUCAACAGUUUCUAUUUAUCCUCCAAAUAUUUCCGUCUUUCGACUAUUAAUCUCAAACAACCCCAAGUGUCUGAAGCCCUUUUUCUCUUCCGAUUCCUUCCCUUUUCCAACCCCCUAGGCGGUUCUAUUAAAGAUCAAGAAAUGCGCGCUUCGUGCGAAUCCACAGAGUAACGACAGAAUCCCUGUGCAAUUGACACGUUCUAACAAUUGAAAAUGAUUCAAAAUUUUUGAAAAUGAACAAACCAAUGCAAACAACUGUCUUUCACGUGAUUUCGUCUGGUAUUAAUUAUUACUUACUAGAAAGCAAGGUAACGGUGAUCUGUCAUACGGAAUAGACUCGAGUGUCACGAAUUGAUCGAAAUCAAUUUGACCGAAAGGAAAGAAAUAUAUUUAUAGGUAUAUAAAUGCGUGACGUCACGUUACGCAAUGCUUUCGCUAGAUUAAUCACGAUAAAGCUUCAAGUUUAAUUAACCUCCAUAACUGAUUGAUCGUCGAUUCGACAUUUUUCAACGUUGAUCCGUGGAUUCGUAAUAAAAAAAAGUAUAUCUUUUAAUGAAUCGUAAAGCGCGAAGGGUUAAAGAAUGUUUUAUUAAGGAUUUCAAGGUACUCAGGCGUAAGUAAUAAAGAUAAAUAAAAAUUAAUAAGAAAUAUCCAUCGACGAGUACGCCUAUGUAAUAUACAUAUAUACAAUAUAGGCAGAGAAGAUUGAACAGACUCCAUAGAACUAGACGCACGCAACAAGCGGUGUCUGAUUUAACCAAUCAACGGCGUAUUGAUAAAAGGACGUUAAACUUAGUUCGGAGAUGCGCAGCUCCUAAUUAAAUUUGAUGGAGAUAAGAACCUCAGCGAGUUUCCAGAAUCUUAAUUCACGUCCCAUCUCGUCCUUUCUACGCUAUAACCAGUAAAUCUUUUGUCUGUAGGCGCCUACGCACCGUUAUACACUGUGCAAUCUAGUAUACAAGUAACCCAUAUGUCUCCGUAGAUUCUCGAAUAGGAAAUUUUGUUCGUAAAAAAAAAAAAACUAUCUAGACUCUAUAACUUACUAUGGUUACUCCUAUAAACCCUAUACACACUUCGAUAUAUAACUCGUAUCCGUUUAGCCUGUACUUGGCGCUUUACCACCAUAAGCGAAUUCAAAAGUUAAUGCUGAAAUUUUGGUGCUUGCCGGUUUUAUCCUAUUAGACUAGACGGUAGUAGUAUCGUUGGUAUCUAUUAUAAAAAAAAGUUACAGAAAUAUUGAUAUAACAAAAAAAAUUGUAAAAUCAUCUAUAUUCCAGAAUUUCUCGUGGAAAAAAUUCUUGUAUAUACUUUUGUUGCAUUUCACUUCGGUAAACAAUGUUUACUCAUUUUUUUUAAAUUCAUUUUUUCAAUUUUGUAAAUAUCUCAAAAGCUUCCUGAACGAAGCGCUCUUUAUUGAUCACGCGAAUGAAGGUCGAUAAAUUUGGUAUUUAAAAUCUUGAAAUUACCAAAGGACGCCGCCACUCGGUGAACGUAUAUCAAGGUGCGUUUUACACGCGGUUUUAUGUACCUAUAGGUUAUUACACAAGGAUUCGGGAUAAUAAUGUUAAAGCGGAUUUCUGCGUGUCCUGUGUAUAUCGUAGAUGGAGACACUGAAGCUGAGCCUCUGUAGUCGCGCUAGAAUUCCUAGACUAAUUGGACACUGACAGAAACGUGACACGUGCCGAGUGUCGUCUCGUGGUAAGUUGUCACUUUUUUAAACAUAUAAUAAAAUCCUAAAGAACGUCACUGAAAAAGGAAUUUAUUGGAAUUAACGCGAGAGAAUGUGUCAAACGGUGCGAAUGAAUUGUCGAUAUUAUAAUUAAGAUCGAAUUGUAGGAACGAUAGUGUAAGGUGAAUAUAUUUAGAAAAAAAUAUUUUUUUUCUAACAGAGUUCUACGAACUGGCCACCACUUUUUAAUAAUAAAAUCUAUAUAUUACGUGAUCAUUUAGAUCCGCAUGUUGUGUACAGUGGCUCGAUCGUCGUUUGCUCAAAAUCAAUGUCGAUUCCUUUUUUUGAUCGACUUUCUUAGAUAAAUUUGAAUUGGACAAAUCAUAAGUAGCUUUUCUUUCGCUCCUUUUCCUUGAAUUGAUUGAAAAAAAAAAGAUGGUCUACCUGUCACUUGAGCCCCAGAGGUGACUGGUAGACGUUGAAAUGUCAAGGAUCAAGGAUCGAAGGAUCGAUGAUUUUAAACAGAGAUAUAGGUAGAUCGUAUGAUUUUGAGCGUCUCAAUUUUUGGAUUAAAGAAGGUAAACGUGAGAUAUUAAAAUGCAAGAAUUACAAAAAAACCCUCUUUAACGUCGUACCAUGAGAAAGGAGCUGUACCCCUUUUAAUUAAUUGAUUUGCGAUGGGUCCAAAUCGAUCAUAAAUUAUUUAGAGUUUAAUUAUCGUCGUGACGUCAGGUACGAAAUCGAUUACCGAUCCGAUCGUUUUUCUCUGCGCUUCGACGAUACACAUAUUCGGGUAUACGGGGUGGCAUGUGUGACCAUUGGAAGAAGAAAAUGGAUCUCAAUUGCACGUGCCAAUUAUCUAACGUAUCUAACUCUAAUCUUUAAGUAUCGCAUAAGUUUUCAUAGUGCACUUGCAAUAUAGUUUAACAACGUGUUAGCCUGCUGAUCGUCGCUGCGCCAGCAAUUAUUCACGGCAGUUCGAGACGCUCGAACAUUUCCAGUGGGUCGUUGCGAGUUUUUCGAUUGAUAAAAAAAGAUAAGACGAAAAAAAAAACAAACACGCCGACUCGCACCGAUUUCGUUCGUUCCGAACUCCUUGUAUAUUCCUAUUAUAGUUUUUAGUGAGUACAGGUAACAGCUGUAUGUGGUAUAAAAAAAAGAUUCGUCAUUGUUCAUAUCUAAGGACGUUCAUUAAAUUUAUGUGUAUCUACCAGUGAUAUAAGUCCUUUAAUUAAAUAAUUAAUAAUAAUCCAUAUUGUCCUGAUAGGCGAUUACGUGAACGUCCAUAGAUAUUAAAUAAUUAAUAAUUUUGUCUCCUCGCUAAUUUAGUCCCUAAAUUAAUACGCUCAUGUCACCUUGUUAAUUAAUAAGUCUUAAAUGGAUUGA